GCCGAUUUGGCUCAACCUUUCAGGGUCGAUUUGCACACGAACCACAGGCCCGGGGCCCGGCGUUGACGCAAUAGUCAUCCGCUUGAGGGUUACCGAGUCCUUCCGUGCAUCACAUUUUGCUGCGAGGCGCCGUUGCUCUGACGGCACCGAGCAUCUGUCGACCGAUGCUUCAGGAGAUCAGGGUCGAAGACCUCGAAAAGACGGUGGCACAAAUCGCCAAUGACAUCAAGCCAUGGGAGUCGGGGAAUUUUCGAUACGUAAAGAAGAUCGAAGAUGCAGCAAGAAACCAUGGCAGAGUAGACUUGAUGAAUGGCAGCACCUAUAAUCGUGCCGUGGCAGUCAAGAAGAUGCCGAACAGUUGGGUUGAGAAGGGGCCAAAGGAAUUUGCCAAGAAGCACCCCAGCGAGUGCGAGUGUCCUUGGCGUAGCCUGGCGAUUCUCGUCGAACUCACCAAGCAGGGCUUCAAUGCCACCUGCCAGUUGCUGGACGUUUUCCGAGACGAUCACUACACCUAUGCGGUGAGUGAACUUGCAGCUGGAGGCGACCUAUUUUCCUGGUGUUUGAACCAUCCAGUUCCCACGGCAGAUCGCGAGUCAGAGAUGCUGCCGUUGGUGGCACAGACGUUCUCCGCAGUGGAAUGGCUUCAUGCGUUGGGAAUUGCGCAUCGAGACCUCUCGCUGGAGAACAUUUUGCUUUCAGGUGCGAACACCACCAAAGCGCCACGCGUCAAAAUCAUCGACUUUGGGAUGGCUCAUGUUGGGCGUAUGUGCCCAACGGCCACUACCCUUGGUCCAGGCAAACCUUCGUAUCAAGCCCCUGAGCUCCACUUGAAACGUGAGUAUGACGGCUUCUUGGCCGACGCCUUUUCGCUGGGCGUCGUGGUCUACGCCAUGGCCUUGGGAAAUUAUCCAUGGCAAUCUACGAAGCCGGGCCGGUCUCGCGUUUUCGAUUGGAUCUCCUGUCAUGGGAUCUUGCCAUUCCUGCAGCGGCGUGAAAUGGCACAAUGCUUUUCAGAAGAUUUGAUUGAGCUGAUGGCAGCGCUUCUACAAACUCAACCUGCACAGAGACUUGGUCUCGUCCAGUCUGGUAAGUGUAAGCAGGAUUUGCCUACCAUUUGGAACUGCAAGUGGCUGGCAUCCUCAGCUGCUCAAGGCCAGUGGCGAGCCAUUUCCAGCAAUUCAGUUAGCACCAUGGCCACAGAGACGGAAUCCGACGCUGAGGAGCAAGGCACAGGUCGCCCAGCGUUUGGAUUCGAUACAGGGGGGCUCGCAGGUUUGGCAUGCUGAUGCCGCGCUGGAGAAUCCACGCCCCAAGAGGCGGUUGAUCAAGGGCGCGGCCAAGCUGAGCUCCUGAGGAAACUUUCAGAUUUAGCCUUUGCCAUUGCAAGGUGGCUAGGCUGGCGGUAGCACCGGCCGCUCGUUGCGCUGUUGGGGCGGACUGUUGCGCUGCCUGAUGCAGUGGCCGUUGAGCGACCACGGGGUCAAGCGCAACAUCCGCCCAGCGCGAUGCGGUUUUCACAGCUGGAGCUGAGGAAUGGAUGGCUGGUCGUGGGGACCUUCGUCCCCACGAUGCAACCAUGGAAUUCUGAAUUGGGCUGCAAGC